AUGGCUUCCCUCGCCCGCAUCACUGUCCUGCGCACCUCACGCACAUUUGCUCCCCGUGCAUUCUCUACUUCUAUCACAGCACGGAAGUCAGCCACAGAGGCGGUGAAGAAUGUUGCCAAGGCGGUUGACAGAAAGGUCUCCAAUAAGCUUGUUGAUGGUAUCGAGAUUGGCGAAACCGCAACCCACAAAGUAAAAGAGGUCGCAGGUGUGACCUCUAGCGAAGUUAAGGGGAAGGCGUCCGAAGUGGCUGGCAAGGCAUCCAAGGUUUCAGGAGAGGCCAAGGGAAAGGCCAGUGAGAUUGCUGGUGAGGCUAAGGGAAAGGCAAACGAGGUGGCGGGUGAUGUUAAGGGGAAGUUGUGA